AUAUUUCUAAUUAAUAUAUGCAUCUUGCAUUUCUUGAAUACACUAGACAUUGGAUUCUCAUACAAAUUGUUUACUCCUACAACAAAUCUAUAUAAACUCAUCCUUCUCACUCAAAACACUGCACCCAAGCCACAGAACUCGCCGAGCUAUCGAUCAUUUAACACAAAGAGCCUGCAAAGUAGAUUCGCAACCAUGGCAAGAAAUUCUGGUUUGUUCUUGGUCCUCACCUUCACAGUGGUUGUGAUAGCAGCCAGCGCGAGACCAGCCACCAUAGGCACCAAGGCCAGUUGCGACUUGGAUCUCUUUGCCCUCAUCCCGCGGUGCGUGCUGUAUGUUAUGCCUCCGGAUGACCCCAAGGAGACGCCAUCACAGGCGUGCUGCGAUACGUACCAGAAGGUGGAUGUUCCAUGCCUGUGCUCCAAGGUCGACGAGGGCAUCGAGGAGAUCAUAAGCAUGGCGAAGGUCGUGUACGUCGCCGACUACUGCAAGAGGCCGUUCACGCCUGGCACCAAGUGUGGAAGCUACACCAUUCCUCCUAAAGGCCAGUAAUUGGAUGGACUGUGUUCUUUUACUUUGUAAGAGGGGAAUGAAUUGCUGGAUCAUGUAAGAGAGAGAGUCUGAGAUAUCUGCUUUUACCGACGUUGUUGCUAUGCAAUCUGUGAGGUCCUGUUGAGAAUAAAAAAUUUAUCAAGUAAUUUUCUGAGGUGUCUACGUCUGAAACUUUGAAGUGUGAUGCAUGAUCAUAGGCUGCAAAAGAAACACGAGCGCCAUUGUCAUC